AGAUGCAUCUUGCCGAUAUCUUACCAAGCCUCAAAAUUUCCUUUCAAGGAUCUCCUUCCAAAAUGUCGUGUCCAUUCUGCCUCAUCGUCUCCGCAGCAAACCCUUCCUCACACCCCACAAUAUCACCUCCCCCGGUGGGUCCGCUUACAUCCUCCUCUCCACCCGUCUCGUCGGCUUCCUCGACAUCGCGCCGCUCUCCCGCGGUCACCUUGUGUCCUCGCUCCCCGUACCCACUGCUCUAAGAUCAUGG